ACAUCACAUACUAGUCAAAGUGACACCUUUUCCUUUAUGGAUGUCAUCCAUGCCACAUUUUUGGCUAGACUCGGAAAAGAUUGUUCUACCACCGCUAGUCGCUUCGGAUAGAGAAGACACAAAUCGAGUCAAUGUCGACAAGCAGACCAGCUAGUCAUCUUCUUGCCGAACAAGCCCAGCAACGUUAUUCAAAUAUCGCCACUCCAACUGCAGAGUGUCGACACGUCCUCGAUCGAGACUUCAGCUAAAAAAUCAUAUCAACAUCGUAAAGCGCAAGAAGAUAAGCAGUGGGAUCACUAUUUAGCAGACACGGGCCACGCAACGCCGCAAAUCACAGCACCAGAGGAAAAUCAUGGCAGCCGCCGAGGAGCCCAGGGAGGUGAAGCUGUACGGCGCGUGGGGGAGCGCCCACGCCGCCAUGGCCCGGAACGCGCUGGAGCUCAAGGGCGUGCGCUACGAGUACGCGGACGAGGACCUGGAGCGCAAGAGCGAGGCGCUGCUGCGCCUGGACCCCGUCCACGGCGGCAAGGUCCCCGUGCUCGUCGUCGACGGCCGCGCCCUCGCCGAGUCGCUCGUCAUCCUCGAGUACGUCGACGAGGCGUGGCCCGGCCGUGCGUCGCGGCUGCUCCCGCCGCGGGACCGGCCCCGCGCGCGCGCCGCGGCCAGGUUCUGGGCGAGGUUCUUCCACGACGAGGUGUCGCCGCUCUCGCACCCCGUCUUGUUCGCGGCGGACGGGGAGGAGCGGGCGGGGCUGGUGAGGGAGAUGAAAGGGCGGAUGGCGGUGAUGGAGGCGGGAAUCCAGAGGGAGUUCCCGCUCGGCGGCGGAGGCGCGGGCGGGAGCCCGGGCUGCUCGACGUCGUUCUGGGCUCGUGCGCCGCCGGGACCAGGGUGCUCUCCUCCGUGGCCGGAGAAGAGAUCGUCGAGGCGGGCGCGCUUCCGCGCGUGCACGCCAGCCUGGUCGCCUUCGACGAGCUCGCCGCCGCGUUCGGGACGAGCGUGCCGCACGAGAGGAAUGAGAGGCGCGCGACGCGCCCGCGUGAGCUCUUCAUGCCGGCGUGACAACGACACGUAUGCUACGUGAAAACCUGCUCUAAAACAAAAAAUGGAGCGAUGCUAUUCCUAGGUACUCCUUCCUGUGACAGUGGAAUCCAUACUCCUUCCUUCCGGAAUUACUUUUUUUUUUUUGCGGGAAAAAAGGAAUUCUCAUUACUCAAGGAGGCUUCUCAGCGAGAGCCAGGUUUAUAACAAAGUCCAUCCCGGCAGUAAGCCAGACUGCUGUGCGCGGAGUGCAACGGCCAUAGGCGGCCAGCUCAUGACUAAUCAUGUUCUGCAGACGGCUACAAAGAGUAAAAGAGAUCUCCCUAGCAUCGCUUCCAGCCAACCUACGAAUCUCCUUUAUAAGUGCACGAUGUGACGAUCUAUCCAUCUCGCGUGCUGUAAUCAUCGACACCGCCUCCGUGCUAUCCAACUCAACCAGAAUAGGUAGGUUAGAUCGGUGCAAGGCCAGCUCCAAGCCUUCUCUGCACGCUUCUAACUCCGCCUCUAAAGCGUUGUCACAUGUACGUAGCUCCCUACAUGCGCUGUAGAUGAUCUCGCCUCUGUCAUCACGCAGGAUCAUACCUCCUCCCGCCGCACCUGUGGCCGCU